GUCAUGAGCAUAAAUAUUUUUACAUUAACUUUGGUGUUUAUUAGUAAAAUUACAAAUUUUGAGUAGGGAGGUACCUUCAUAUUGUGCAAUGUAAAAUGAAAAAUUCGGGACUUUACGUUUGUUUGACAUGCCUUUCUCUGAUACAGGGUGUAUCAUGUCUCGUCGACUUGGAGUUAUCAGUGUUACAGUUUGACAACCCACUUGGAACCUCGUACACAGGACAAAAUGUCGAAAGUGAUAGAAAAUGCUGUGAUUCAGGGGGAGGUAACUGUCAAAGCGCCGCAGACAAAUGUGAUGUUUAUUUCACAAUUUGCAUCGGCAGCCUCAGUAAUGACCCGAAAAACGCAGGGUGUAACGGAACGUCUAUAGACAUGCAGAAAGAUGUAUCACACGACGUGUUGAAAAUCACAGAUAACAGAAACCUGAAACGUUUCGUCAAUGUUACAUCGUGGACAAAGGGAAGCACUCAAAUGAUUGUAAAUGUUUUGGACAUAGACGAAUUGCCAAGUACAAAUACAGAUCCUCAUAUCUUUCCUGAUCUGAUCGAUGCUUUCAACAAGACUAUUGACUUCGAUCCUGCACAGAACUACUGGACAGCGAAGGAGAGAAUAGUGUCAAUGGUUGGACAUGUAAGCCUUGACAUUCGAUUACGUGCCUGGUGCGCUGUAGGGUGGUAUGGAACAUCGUGUGAACACCGUUGUACUGCGGAUUCCUUUCAUGAAUGUACAAGCUCAGGUGCAAAAAUAUCCCACCAAGAAUGCACAGAUCCAGGUACAAUCGUUCUUAGCGUAAGAGAGUCUAUUUCAACUCUGCCAAAUGCUACCAAUAUCCAGAGUUAUAUGGUUGACAUCUUAGCAAAUUACGCUUGCGUUAAAACAACGGGUAACAUCAGCGUAAACAUCUUUGAAGUCAGAGAAAACAGAAAUGGUUAUGUAGACAUUGUUUUCAACGGCUACUGUGACAACAUACCGGUCUCUAGUUUAAAAUUUACAGAAAUGGAGUAUGUGAUGAACACUGUGAAAACCAGACUGGUUCCUCUGGAUGAUUACUUUGGUGCCCCUAUCAAAACGCCAGCAAUAAAUUUCGUCCAAGAUAAUGCGGGAGAAAUGAUCAUUUUAGUCAGAAUAGUACACUUCAAACAUUUGCUGGUGGGAGACUGUUCGACGAGAACAGAUACACGAUGUAAUCCUACAUUUCAUAUUUCAUUUUCAUGGACCACGGCAUACGCCAUCAAGCCCGUGGUAAAAUCUGGAGAACUAACGGACUGUGAUGGUGACCUUGUUGACCUUAAUAAACAUCAGUCUACCGCGAGCACACCCAAUUCUACAACGCUCUUUCUUGUGGGGAGCUUACCGGAGAAGAUGAAUGGUCAAAGCAACAAUCUCUAUGUGGAGGUCCGUACCAGAGGUUCCAGUACUUCAAUGGCGAGACACAUAUUUCCUUUGUCUGAAGUAAUACUUGGGACAAACUUCUAUGACUCUUACCCGAAAAGGUUUCAAAAUUCAACGACCGGAAACACAACACUGACUCUAGAGGUGAUGGCGUGGUGCGGUAAUUGUCAGCAAGGUGACGGUUGUCGGAGAGCAGUCACUCAAAAGUGCGAUAAAAGUGUGACAGUAAUAAAAUCCGACUGUAUUUCAAAUGACGAUUGUAAAAAUGGCGGGAGAUGCGUAGGACGAACUUCCUGUAUUUGUAGAUCAGGUUGGACAGGCCCAGUAUGUUACACGGAUAUAAAUGAGUGUGCACUUGGGGUUUGUGCACAUGCCGAUUCGUGCACAAACACACAUGGAGGAUACUCUUGCACGUGCUCAAAGGGGUUUACUGGUAAAAACUGUGAUGUUGACAUCGACGAAUGUGUCACUCAACCUUGCAAACCAGGUUUGGCAUGCUUAAAUGCUUAUGGAACUUACCAUUGUAUUGGCGUCUGCGCAAACCGUAAAGUAGGUGAAAAUUGUAAUGGCAGCAUUGACUUUUGUAGCAACGACCCUUGUCUACAUAACGGAACAUGUUCAAGUUCGGCUUUCAAUUUUUCUUGCAACUGCAACGACGGUUGGACAGGCUCAACUUGCCAAACAAAUGUGAAUGAAUGUACAAACGCAACUCUGUGCCAAAAUGGCGGAGUCUGUAAAGACACACCGGGAUCGUUUAACUGCGCAUGCCCAAACAAUUUCACCGGAAAUUACUGCGACAUUGAUGUUGACGAAUGUCUGGAUCCUACUACGUGUAAAAAUAAUGGUACAUGUAAUAACAAUGAAGGAGGAUUUUCGUGUAAUUGUCCCGCCGCAUUUUCAGGGGACACGUGCGAGCAAGAUGUAGAUGAAUGUGCCAGUUUUAACGUCUGUCUAAAUGGUAUUUGUACCAACACUAUUGGAGGAUAUAAAUGUGAUUGUUUGUCAGGCUGGGAUGGUAUCAGUUGCGACGUCGAUAUUGACGAAUGUUUAGAUCCUAGCUCGUGCAAAAAUAACGCUACUUGCGUAAACCAAGAUGGCGGCUAUGCAUGCAGGUGUCAAAAUGGCUUCACCGGAACCAUGUGUGAAUCUGAUAUCAACGAAUGUGGUAGCAGCCCUUGUCUUAAUGGUGAUUGUCACAAUUCGUUUGGUGGAUAUAAAUGUAGUUGCUACCCGGGUUGGAAUGGCGAUAACUGCGAUAUUGAUAGGGAUGAAUGUCUAUCUAGAGAUCCAUGUGUUAAUGGCGGCACUUGUGUUAAUACUCCUGGUAGCUACGGUUGUAACUGUACUGAGUACUGGACCGGAGAUCACUGUCAAACUGACGUGAACGAAUGCGUGGAAAGAUACGCUUGCAAUUAUAACGGAAACUGCACUAAUUCAGUAGGCAGUUUUAGUUGUUCUUGUUUCCGCGGAUGGAUGGGAGACACUUGUAACGAUGAUGUGGACGAAUGUCUCACGCAGGUCUGCAAAAAUGGCGCCACAUGCAUAAAUAAUGAUGGAGGGUAUACAUGUAGCUGUCCGAGUAACUGGGGCGGGGAUAAUUGUACCAAUGAUGUUGAUGAAUGUAAUUUGUAUUCCCCAUGCAAAAAUGGAGGCACGUGUAAAAAUAGUAUAGGAAGCUAUAAAUGCGCAUGCCCAGCAACGUGGACUGGUAUAAACUGCACCGAUGACAUUGAUGAAUGUCUUUUAGCGAACCCAUGUCUAAAUGGCGGAACUUGUAACAAUACAGACGGAUCAUACACAUGUAAUUGUCCAUCCGAGUGGACAGGUCCUAAAUGCGAAAGCGAUGUUAAUGAAUGCCUUUUACUGAAAUGUGCACACAACGGUAGCUGCUCUAAUACUAACAAUGGAUAUGUCUGCACAUGUACCGCCGCGUGGACUGGUCCAACUUGUGCUGUUAAUGUUGACGAAUGUUCUAAAUAUAGCGGAAUAUGCAGUCACGGUGUUUGUAAGGAUUCUGUCGGAGGUUACCAUUGUGAUUGCAUUAACGGAUAUCAAGGCCAGAAUUGUUCAAUAGACAUUAAUGAGUGUAGUGCAUCUGAUGUGUGUAAAAAUGGCGGUACUUGCGAAAAUACGGUAGGUUCAUGUAUUUGUCAUUGCCCGAAAGGAUGGUCCGGAAAAAAUUGUACUGAUGAUUUUAACGAGUGUCUGAAUAAAAACCCUUGCCAUAAUGGCGGUACUUGUGUAAACGUUAAGGGAAGUUUUCGUUGCGCUUGCAACGCAGGAUGGACUGGAAAAACCUGUGAAACAGAUUUUAACGAAUGUAUUAAAAUACCGUGCUUAAAUGGUGGAAAUUGUAUCAAUACACCGGGCAGUUUCCAUUGUGAUUGUGUAGAAGGGUGGGAUGGAAAUAUCUGUCAAUCAAAUAUAGAUGAUUGUUCAGCGGUCAAAUGUCAAAAUGGUGCCAAAUGCCAAGAUUUAGUGAAUGAUUAUACAUGUGUUUGCACGAACGGUUAUACAGGAAAAGUGUGCGACAUUAACAUUAACGACUGCAAGCCAAAUCCUUGUCAAAAUGGCGGAAAAUGCCAUGAUCAUGUCGGAUAUUAUGAAUGCGUCUGUCCGAAAGGAUGGGAUGGACGUGUGUGUAGUGCAGACGUUGAUGAGUGUAAGGAUCGGCCAUGUCAAAGAGGGCAAGCGUGUCAUAAUAACCAAGGCAGCUAUGCGUGUAUUGCGGAUCAUUUCGGAUCUCUGUCUACUCCCUCAUCUACUACCCAUGUCCAGGCACCAAAGAUAGUAGAUAUUUUCUCGUUGCAAUUCACUGGCCCGGUAUCAGACGCACAAAGACCGCAAGUAAAGACAGGAAUUACUACACUUCUUCAAAAACUAACCUGCCGAGACUCCAAAAAUGUAUUCGUUUCACUUGUUCACAAUUCCGUAAACACUCCAAAUAUCGUUGAAUUUCAUGCCCAGUGUGAUGGUCACCACUUAACGAAUGCGGAAGUGAACUCGGCUAUUCGGACGUUUUCGGAUAAUACCCUCGCACAGUACUUCCCUGUUCAGCUGGCAAACACAAAUAAAAGUCCAGAAAAACAGACUUGGAUAGCCUCUCAUAUACCUACAGUAGCAUGUGCUGCCGGCGGUGUUGUGGUUCUGGUUAUCGCCAUUGUUGUUAUUGUGCGCUGUAAAAGAAAGAAACCAGAACCAGAUAUAUUCAACAAGGAAGUGGUAGAAGAACUUCAAGAUAUGGACGGAGAAGCAACUAUUACUAUCCGAAACCCAGUGUACGACUCACUGUAUGCUCCACAGACACAAAUAUAACAUGGAUGGGGCAUGGGGUUUCCAGGGGUAGCACAUAGAUUUCAAGGAAUUACACGUUUAGAGGACACAUCACACGAAAACUUUUGUUUAUAAAUGCAGUUAUAGAAAUAUUAAGAACGGAGGUGACGCAUUGUUAUGUUCUUGGUUUUAGUCAACUUAGUGCACGUUUUCUUAGGUUUAAAAUGCUUUGUGGAAGAUUAAAGAUAUAAACUUGUACACUGAUUUAUCAAGUAAACUAUUAUAGUAGCACCGAGGAUCAAUUUAUAAUUUUAGAUUUAAUAGUUUUGCAUUUAUUGUUCAACCAUAACUACACAAUGUUAAUUAAAUACAAAUAAUUUUGUUACGUACACGUGGUAUAUGAUAAUAU